AUGGAACGGCCGCGUAGGAGAGGCAUUGGAAAAACACUUCCAGUUGGCUGGAUGUACAUGAAACCGCCUGAUCCGAACUUGAAAGGUUGGCUUCGAGAACAUAUUAAAAGCAGAAGGGAGAAAGAAGAGCAAGGUUUGGAACAGAUUAAUGCACGAAGAAAAGAGUUAGAUGAUAUGAGAGACAAUUUGUAUGCCCAGCUGAAAGAAAUCUUAAUGAAAAAUGACGGAAGUAAAGCGCUGCAAGACGAACUGUUGAAGGAGCUGAUGAAAAAGCACAAUAUUUUCCCAAAAGCUGGGAUUCUACAAGAAAGGCAAGGCGGAACAGACAGUUCAGUUAUGCAUAGUGCUGCUGUACUGUCAUCUAAUACUCGAUGA